CUGGCAGCGGCAGCCCGGAGCCCCCGAGCCCUCGGCAGGUUUGCCUGUCCUUCCCCGCGAUCUGAUUGGAUAAAGUGGGGGCUCGACGGUGGCCGACGUGGGACAGUCUGGCUGUGGCAGGGGUCUCGGAAACCAUGGGUUAUUGCAGUGGCAGGUGCACGCUUAUCUUUAUCUGUGGCAUGCAACUGGUUUGUGUGCUGGAGAGGCAAAUAUUUGACUUCCUUGGUUAUCAGUGGGCACCUAUCCUGGCAAAUUUUAUACAUAUCAUUAUCGUCAUUCUUGGUUUAUUCGGAACUAUUCAAUAUAGACCUCGUUACAUAACAGGAUAUGCCGUCUGGCUGGUCCUCUGGGUUACAUGGAAUGUGUUUGUUAUCUGCUUCUAUUUGGAGGCUGGGGACCUCUCAAAGGAAACAGACCUUAUCCUGACUUUUAAUAUUUCAAUGCACCGAUCUUGGUGGAUGGAGAAUGGACUAGGAUGUAAGGUGACGUCAGUGACACCCGCCCCAGACUGGGCCCCAGAAGACCAUCGCUACAUCACAGUCUCAGGGUGUUUUCUGGAGUACCAGUACAUAGAAGUGGCUCAUAGUUCCCUCCAGAUUGUCCUCGCACUGGCAGGAUUCAUCUACGCCUGUUAUGUUGUGAAAUGUAUAACUGAAGAAGAGGACAGCUUUGAUUUCAUAGGCGGCUUUGACUCCUAUGGCUAUCAAGGACCUCAGAAGACAUCUCAUUUACAACUACAACCUAUGUACAUGUCAAAAUAAAACAGAUGACUUCAGUAUGUCAGCCCACGGACCUUUCAAAGAACUUGUUUCCCAGUGACCUGCAUUUUAUGAAGAGCAAGAAGCAACCAAGUUUAACUACACACACAUACUAACAAAACAAACACACAGAAAGUUUCUACAUACACUGGCGCGCACACACACACACACACACACCAAUUCCACUUGACCUCCUCUUUCUAAGUGAAACAAAUAAUGCAGGACAUGUACAUCCUGGAUUUCCUGAAAACAGGCUCCUGUCUCCCAGAAAAAAAGUUCAAAAGGAGAUGUGUUGGUGCCCUCUGCUGGCUACGACUAUGCAGCCCGGUCAGCAGGCCUCUGAGAGCUGUGAAGCCAUCCAGGGCACAUAAGUUUGAGAGCCUGGUUUUCUGCACUUCAUACAUCUUGAUAGCACCACGGCUACUUAGGCAACGUAAUUGCAAAAACAAACAAGCAUGCCAUGACGACCUUAUAAGUCCAAAUGGUAGAUUGCUUGCCCUAAAGGCUGUACGUACAUACUUGCCUUAACCCACCUACGUUGUGUGCCCCAGAAUCUCCGUGCAGACAUCCCCAAGUCACUUCCUUUAGGCUAGCACACUGCUAUUAAUCCCGAAUGCAUUCAAGUCUGUGUGUUCAUGUCAAGGAACAGGACUGAGUAGCUCAGCGGCUCCAGCAUGUCUGUGGAAGAAAACCGCCAGUUGCUAGCAAAGUGCUUUACCAUUGAGCCUCCAUGGUGGCCCAAAUGAGACGAGUAAUAAUGACAACAACCGUCAUCUUUUAACUCAUACCUAUGGUCGUCUACGGGGUAGGAGUGGGACAAAGUAAAACGUACUAAUCUACUAAACUCAUUAAUCUACUGGAAGCAGAAAUGGCGUAACUCACUGAUUUUAUUUAUUGCACUCUAGGUGCUUUUGUAAGUAUCUACACGUGUCUUUUACUAACACAGAAACAGCUGUGGAUUUCUAUCAGCAGAGGCCAACUGACUAUGUAUUAGCUAUGUUUACUCUUUUAUAUCUAAUUCAAACUGAAGACUCUACGUAGGUGAACUUUUUUUUCUAACUUCAGCGUACGAGAUUAUUUUUUGGGUGGGUGGGGGGAGCAAUAGUUACCUUGGUGAAAUAUUUGAGAUCUCUUUGUGGUAUUUGGGGGAUCUGUUGUGUGGUAGAGUGUACUUCAAUCCUCCUGUAUUAUUGUGACAGAAAAACUGUGCUGUUAACGUAGUUGGCAACAAGAUGCCUUUGGAAACUUAAUAGUAGCUCAAUGUGUUUAUGGAAUAUUCUGAACUUCUAGGAAAUUUUGUCCUAUCUUUUCCAAGCAUUAUUUGGUUUUCAUUAGUGGAAAACAUUAUGAGUGCAGGUUUAUCAGUAACUCAAAUGGCUCAUAUUUUUUCUUACAUCCACCCAAGACAGUAAAAUCAUUUUUUUUAACUAAUGCACUAUCCUUAAGUGCAGUGAAAUUCAGACUGGAAAAAUGAUAAAUUGGCAUGGAGCUAUUUUUUUUUUCAUUGGUUUCUAUGAAGUUUUCAGUCAUUGGGUUAAACUACUUCAGACCUUAGCCCAUCAAGAUCUACAUAAACCAGUCGCAUUACUGUGUUUGCAUGGAUGUCUGUAAUAUACACACAUAUACAUUUGAAAAUGAUAAAAGAACAAGUGACUAUUGGAAUAUAAACAACAACAACAAAAGAUUCCAGCAAAGAUUCGUGCUUGAAUUUUCUCAAUGGCUUGUGUAUGUUUGUCCAUAUAUACAUGUAUAAAUAUACAAUAGCAAACAUGUCAGUGAAACCUCACAGGAUGUUUUUAUAGUGCCGUGCAUGUUUAAUGUAUGAGAAAACUAUUUCCCAAUGUAUUGUCCUUUGGUUCCUAAAAUAUAAAUACAUACAUGCCAGAAACUAAUGUGACUAAUAAUGUGACUAUUACAAUGAGGUUUCACUGGACAUUCACGCUGUGAUUCCACCUUCUAGGACAUGUAUAUGGAUACAGAUAAUAAGCCUCAUAUUCUCCUUUUAAGUUGCAGCCAACUUACCACCAAAUCACCUCUAUCAUCACCACCAAAAUUUUCACAACAGUUGUUGACUACUAAGAAGUAAUCAGUGGACAGGCCUUUACUUGAGAGCAGUGAGCACAGUAGUGUGAUUCUAUCUGGGAAAACAUCUAAGUUGUACAGCUGUAUCCUCCUCAAAAUCCGGUGAAGAAUGCUAUUUUUCUAGGCUGAGCUUUUGUUAUAAACCUAAUAUUCGGAAGGCAAGAGUUUCAAUCCUGAUGUGUCUUUUUGUUUUGCAUUUGUUAAUUCUGAAUGUAUUUUUAACAGAGUGAUUUUUUUGA